AUGGCCUUUUCACACAGACUACUUUGUGGCUCGUGCAUUUCGGCUAAUCUUGGCAACCCACCACGCUCUGCGAAAAUCUUCACGAUUCAAUUCCUGAACUUUUCCCAGCAGCCGCAACUUCGUCCCUUUCUCGACAUCCACGCUCCGACUAACCACCAGCGAGAACUCCUCAAAAUGUCCAGCACCAAGGCCGGAAAGAAGCCCGCGGGCAAGCAACAGCGUAGCGCCAUCGCCGACGUCGUCGCGCGCGAAUACACGAUCCACCUCCACAAGCGAGUUCACGGAGCCUCUUUCAAGAAGAAGGCCCCCAAGGCUAUCAAGGAGAUCAAGGCUUUCGCUGAGAAGGCUAUGGGUACCAAGGACGUCCGCCUCGACCCCCAGCUUAACAAGAAGGUCUGGGAAUCCGGUAUCAAGGGUGUCCCAUUCCGCCUCCGUGUCCGCAUCUCCCGUAAGCGUAACGACGAGGAGGGCGCCAAGGAGAAGCUCUACUCCUACGUUCAGGCCGUCAACGUCAAGGACCCCAAGGGUCUCCAGACCACCAUCGUCGAAGACUCAUAGA